AUGACUUCCUUCAAGGUGGUUCCCACUGCAACUGAUGGACCUUGCAGAGAGGAUAGCAUUGAAAAUCUGAAAAUUCCAAGCGCCCAAGAACAGUUUAAAUCAAACCACAAUGGAGAUACUAUCGUCCUAGGCAUAGAAGGUUCGGCAAACAAGUGCGGAGUUGGAAUCUUGAAGUAUAGUCCUCCCUCCAGUGCCGAAACUUGUGGCACUUAUACCAUUCUUGCCAAUCCAAGGAAAACGUUUAUCCCCCCAACUGGAGAGGGUUUCCUACCCAAAGAGACAGCCCUACAUCAUCAGAAUCAUAUUGUUGCCUUGGUAAGAGUAGCUUUGCUGGAAGCUUUUCCUGGCGAAGACAAGCCCGAGUCUUUGUUAUCAGCAAUCUGCUUCACAAAGGGUCCAGGAAUGGGUGCACCUUUGCAAUCAUGUGCCGUUUGCGCAAGAACGCUUUCACUCUUGUGGAAGAUACCUCUAGUGGGAGUAAACCACUGCGUUGGUCACAUUGAGAUGGGACGCAUUGCAACUGGAGCGUCCAAUCCAGUAAUCCUGUAUGUCAGUGGGGGAAAUACUCAAGUGAUUGCCUACUCCAAUCAAAGAUAUCGAAUAUUUGGUGAAACGAUUGAUAUUGCUAUUGGUAACUGUCUCGAUCGGUUUGCUCGGGUUGUCGGAUUGUCUAACGAUCCUAGUCCAGGAUAUAACAUUGAACAGGAAGCGAAGAAAGGAAGCAAGUUUUUGACGCUCCCAUACGUGGUCAAAGGAAUGGAUGUGAGUUUCUCAGGAAUUUUGACCAAGGUGGAAGAAUUGGCCAAAACGGAACGAGUAGAAGAUUUGUGUUUUAGUCUGCAGGAAACUCUAUUUGCUAUGCUGGUAGAAACGACAGAGCGAGCCAUGGCACACACAGGAGUUAAACAAGUGCUUAUCGUGGGAGGCGUUGGAUGCAACAAACGCUUGCAGCAAAUGAUGGAACAGAUGGUGGAAGAACGAGGUGGAUCUGUUUGUGCAAUGGAUUACCGAUAUUGCAUCGAUAAUGGGGCCAUGAUUUGCCAAGCAGGAAUUUUGGCCCUGCAGUUUGGACAGAUCACAAAGUUGGAAGAUAGCUGGUGCACACAAAGGUAUCGUACUGAUCAAAUGAAAACGAUAUGGAGAGCUCCAUAG